AUGACGUCAGAACCAGGACAGAGUUCUAUGAUAGACAUCACAGUCAAAACUUUGGAUGGACAGAAUCGAACUUUCAGCGUUUCAGACAAUUCAAAUGUUCGUCAGUUCAAAGAGAAAAUCAGCAGCACCAUUGAAAUUCCUGCUGACAGCCAGAGACUAAUUUUUCAAGGCCGUGUGAUGCAAGAUGAUAAGAUGCUUAAAGAUUACAAUGUCCAUGGAAAAGUGAUUCACUUAGUACAGAGAGCACCCCCCUCCACCUUGUCAAGCUCCACAACAUCAAACCCAACAGUCAAGCACAGCAACAUCUUCAACAACCAGGCCACAGAUUCAAUCCACUUAGGCAGACUUCAGAGCACACCAAAUACGCGAGAAGCAAGGGCUCGUAUUAGACAGGCAGAUUUUAACCUCAGACUUAUCAAUGAUGUUCUCAGUCAGUUUGAGCGAUUAGGUCCAAGACCUGGAGAACACAAUGGAGAUCUCUCUGCACUUGGAACUGAAUCCAGCCAUGCCAGACCAGCCAGAGAUUCAGAAGACAUCAUGGAUACCUCAUCAACCCCUGAAGCCAGUAGUUUAGGUCAGUCGCAAAGCAGAGAACAUCCACAGCAACCUCUGCAGGGCAGUUCAGAAGGUGUCAACUCAGAAAGUCCAGAAGCUUCUGUCAGUGACCAGCACACUAGCUUGAUGGCCACUGAGCUAGCAGAUUUCUUGGACCAGGUACUGAACACAAAUGACAGAAUGAUGACCCACAUCAGACAGUACCAGAAUUUGUUACGCAGUGAAGAAAAUUACACAGCAAAUUCAAGGGAAGCUCAGAAUGCACAAGAAGUUGUCAGCAGGGUCAAUGAGGUGUUUCAUGCUCUGGGCCACAUGCUGCACAGCCUCAGUGAUAUAACGGUGGACAUGAAUACAAGUGUCCCGCGUCAGGCGGUUGCCUUGUCACCGGUUCCAUUCCAGAUACCUGGCACUGCUAGCAUGGCUAUUCCUAUCCACAUGAAUGUUAGAACCCGACCAGAGAUGAACAGAAACAGACAGAGAACAGGUCAGUCAAACUCCAGUGAAGCCCCAGCCACCGACAGUAGAUCUACAGCAGCUACACCACAAAACUGUACUGCUGCUGCAUCCAGCACCAACACAAACACAACUGCUGUGAGCACAGCCAACACUGCUGGGAUCACAGCUGGGAGCACAGCCAGCACUGCUGGGAGCACAGCCAGCACUGCUGGGAUCACUGCUGGGAGCACAGCCAGCACUGCUGGGAGCACUUCUAUCCAGAUACCACCCGUGUCCUUGCCUCUGCCCCUAACCAGCAUGCCGUCUGGAGACUCCGCAGUGAUGGUAGAAGUGUACCCAACCAGUGUAACUGUUCAUGACAUUAGUGCUGUUGUCACUCCGGGAGCUGUGGAAGUAGCUGCAGACGCCUGUCUUGAUGGAAAUAGAGCAAACAUCACUGUCACAUCUGCAACUACUGUUGAGCAUCCGUUGGUUGCACCAGCAACAUCAGCCACAACUACAGCAGCAUUGACUGCAGCCUCCAGACAACCUAGCACACAGACACCGGCAGCCAGUUCAUUUACAACUUCUAGCACAUCAUCAUCAACAUUCACAUUUGGUCCAGCAACCAGUGUCAGUUUUGGUGGAGUGACUAACCUUGCUUCUGGGCAGAUACCCAAUGUGCCUGGAUUACCACCAGGCAUGUUGCAGAAUAUUCUGGGCUCCAUUCUAUCUUCACAUGGAAUGCAGCCUGUUCAAGUCAAUGUGGUCCAACAACUGACCACUGUGCCAUCAUCUUCCAUACCUGUUCAGCAACCUGUUUUUGACCUGCCCUUAGAUAACGAGAGGACAAGGUCACAGAAUCAAAGUCAGACCUUCAACUUGAAUGGUGUACCUGUAUUAGCUGCACCCAGUGCAGGUGUAAAUGCAGGCACAUUUGUACAUAUGGCCACAAAUCUAAACUCCACAGGUGCUGUCAGUGGAGUGAAUGCACCAACAAAUACCAGCCUAAACACAGCUGCAGACACCACCACCACCAGCAGUAGUGCUGGCAGCAACAUGUUUACAUCAACCUUUCACUUACCAACAGGUCAACAGCUCUCGACCAUUCCCCUUCCAUCCAGCUCCACAAGAUCCAGGUCAGGCAACCAGCUGCACAUACAGACUGUGUAUCUCAGUAUGUGCACAAUGCCUGAGUGGGAUUUCUCUGUUGACCCCUACCUACCUUGUGCCUCACCUCAGUAUAUGUCACCAACAGCCCUGGCAGCUCUGAGUGCCUUGCAAGAGCAGACAAGAUCACAGCAGCCCCAGCAGCAGGUUCCUAACCUCAGCACGAUGGUAUCUGGCAUGGUUGGGGAAAUCAUUGGCCAAGUUGGACAAGCAUUAAAUAAUGCAGCUAGAACAAGUUCUAGUGCUGCUACAGGUGCUGCCUCACAAAGUUCAACAUCUUCUAUACCUGGAGCAAGGACAGGAGCUGCUUCCAGCAUCAGUGGUGAACUUCCACCCAACCUGAACGAGUUGUUCUCACAGUUUCUCAACGUGGCCAGUGACACUAAUCAAGCCAGCUCAUUCCCGCCAGAAAUGGGACCUAUGAUCAGCGGCAUCAUGCAGGCUGCGGUAAUGCUGAUUUUCAUCAGUAUACUUUUUCCACAGAGUACCGCUGCAACGGCCACCAGCAGAGGCAGUCCAGCGAUUCCAAACUGGACUUUGGCUGAUUUGUUUUCUCAAGUCAGAACUGCAACUGAAGACAGAGCUGGUGAGUCGAGUGUCAUCAUAUCCCUGUUGGAGGCUGUUGCUCCCCAUGUUGGGAUACCAGACUUGUUUUCCCUUGUUAUGGGUGGUGCCCAAGUGCUGACCCGAGUCCGCAGACCCCUGCAGGAGUUUGUCAGGAGUCUAGUCAGCAGACACGGUUCAGUGCAGCAGCUAGUGGAGGUAGCCCUGAAGGACAUGCAUGUGGAUAUUCAGUACCUGCAAGGUCUGGUACAAGUGAAAGAAGGCGUGGACAUGGCACAGUCUAUUCGCAUCUGUUUGCGAGCCCACCUCUUGGCUAUUUUUGGUGCCAUUGACUCUGAUAGUGAGAAUUUUGGUGAACAUUUGUAUGCUCUGUGGGUGAAAAUGUUGGCUGAAUCGAUUGCACUCUGCGUCUACUGUAUACGUGAUGGCCAUGCAGGGUUUUUAAGCAUGCUCCAGAACUAUGUGCCUCGGAUGACUCAAGGCAUGAGUCCAGUGUUCACUAAUUGGAUGACUGCUGCCCUGCAGAGUAUUUUGGGGUCGUUCUACAGCAACCACCCGAUAGCAGAGGCAGACAUCAGAGGCUAUGUUGUCCAGCAGUCAGAUCUCAGUGUCAUCAGCAGAUGUACAGAAUCAGACGUCUGCACUCAGGCAAACCACAGCAGUAGUCGUCAGUCAGUCAGGCACGUCUGUGACAUCUCCCCCAAGCCAGAUGGACACUACAAGGUCCCCAGUCUUGCAGUGGCUAGAAAUACACUGAGAGAAGAUGAUUCAACUCAGAAACCAUGUGAAAAUAUUCAGCAAGCUGCGCCUAGCCAGCAGCCAGCAGCGAAACCUCCCAGCACAUUAGCCACACAAGUCCAUCAAACAGAGGGCGCUACAGGUGGUGGCAGGUCCAGGCAUGACAAGGGCUCUGAUGAUUGGCAGUCGGUUGUACCACAGGAAUGGAUACCUGUAAUCAGUCGGGAUUUAGUGAAGCAGCAAGAGCAGAAACCCCAACCUCCAUUCAGUGAUGCCUAUUUACAAGGUUUUCCUGCAAAACGAAGAAGAAUGAUGACCUUGGAACAUUGUCAUGAAAUGGGUAACAUGCAGCACUACCUUCCUGAGUCCAUCAAACGAGCUGCUAGAAGUGCCGGUGUCGAACCCUGCAGCCAUGAAGACAUACUGGCCCAGGAAGCUGCAAACAACCUUGACCUCCAAGCUGAACUAGAAGGGGAAAUGAUCUCUGUCCUGGAUUCUCGAAUUUCAUCAGAUCCUGAUUUUAGCUCAGACCGAUUUCCCAAUGCUGAAGAGUACUUUCACAAAUCCAAGCAUCACUGA